CUGCAGCUAGGAGCUCUGCGUCUCACGUCGCUGUGUGCGUUCGCCAGCCCAAAGAGCACUCGGUCUGAGGCAGGCCAGGGCGGCCCGACCCUUCCUUCCCAGCCUGGGGUAGAGGAAGCCGAAAGUAGCUUCAGCGAGACUGCAGGAGACUGAGCGUGGGCCCGAGCGAAGCGCCACGCGCCAUGGCCGACCGGCAGGCGGGCCCGGCGGCCGGGGACUGGGAGAUCGACGUGGAGAGCCUGGAGCUAGAGGAGGACGGCCGCGGGGCGCCGCCGCCAACGCCGCCUGGGCCCAGCCCGCCGCCGGCCGAGGAGGAUGGUGAGGAUGACGACGAAGAGGAUGAGGAUGACGACGACGUGGAGGACGAGGGCGACGGCGAGGAAGCAGGCGCGUCCCCAGGGAGGUCCUGUCGGCCACAGCAGCACGGGCUCACCGAGCCGAGGCCGCCACCAGCGCCGCAGGCCUCUCAAGCCCCCGCCGGGCACCCGGAGCGCGGCGUGCACGCGGGCGGCGGCGCGGAGCCGCGCAAGCUGAGCCGCACGCCGAAGUGCGCGCGCUGCCGCAACCAUGGCGUAGUGUCCUGCCUCAAAGGUCACAAACGCUUCUGCCGCUGGCGUGACUGCCAGUGUGCCAACUGCCUACUGGUGGUGGAGCGGCAGCGCGUCAUGGCGGCCCAGGUGGCGCUCCGGAGGCAGCAGGCCACAGAGGACAAGAAGGGGCUUUCUGGGAAACAGAAUAACUUCGAGCGCAAAGCCGUGUAUCAGAGGCAAGUCAGGGCACCCAGUUUGCUGGCCAAAAGUAUUUUAGAAGGCUACCGCCCCAUUCCAGCAGAGACUUAUGUGGGAGGGAGCUUACCUCUACCUCCCCCAGUAAGUGACCGGAUGAGGAAAAGGCGAGCCUUUGCUGAUAAAGAGUUGGAGAACAUUAUGCUGGAGAGAGAAUAUAAAGAGAGGGAGAUGUUGGAAGCUUCCCAAGCUGCUGCCUUGUUCCUGCCCAACCGCAUGGUGCAUGGACCUGAAUACAACUCCUACAAAGGUGCCUACAGCCCCACCCCAGGGGAACCACCAAACAAAGACUUCUGUAAUUUUUUGCCCACCUGCCUUGAUCUAACCAUGCAGUAUUCAGGGUCUGGGAAUAUGGAACUAAUUUCUUCUAAUGUCAGUGUGGCCACGACUUACAGACAAUAUCCCUUGUCCUCCAGAUUUUUAGUUUGGCCCAAGUGUGGCCCCAUUAGUGACACUCUCCUCUACCAGCAGUGCCUGCUAAACGCCACCACCUCAGUUCAAGCCCUGAAACCUGGGGCCGGCUGGGACUUGAAGGGAGUACAAGUCCAGGAUGGACUCGUUGCAGAGCACGACAUGAUGCCACCGAAACUGGAAGGCUCUCUGGUGCUGCCUCACACCCCUGAGGUCCAGACCUUAAGCAGUGACCUUCAGGGUCACCAGGCUGUCCCUGAGAGAUCUGCAUUCUCCCCACCCCGACGGAAUUUCUCUCCGAUUGUUGACACGGACUCCCUGGCAGCUCAAGGGCACAUCUUAACCAAGAUCAGCAAAGAAAGCACCAGGCACCCUCUGCCACUUAAACAUAAUCCAUUCCACUCAUUAUUCCAGCAAACUCUUAAUGACAAAUCAGGUUCUGAGUUGAAAACACCAUUUGUCAAAGAGGCCUUUGAAGAGGCCCCUAAGAAACACAGAGAGUGUUUAGUCAAGGAGAACCAGAAGUACACAUUUACAAUAGAUAGAUGUGCAAAAGACCUUUUUGUAGCCAAACAAGUUGGAACAAAACUCUCGGUGAAUGAACCGCUGUCAUUUUCUGUUGAGUCUAUUCUCAAGAGGCCUUCAUCUGCCAUCACUCACAUCUCUCAGUGAAAGCCUGCUGAAAUGGAAAGCUGAAUUUUCUGCAGUCUCAGAAGGUUCUUACCAGUUGCUGAAUUUUUUUUAAAGAAAAAAGCUAAGAUGUUUGUAUAAAGGAAUUUCUACUGUAAAUGAUGGUGAUUAAAAAAAUUUAUAUGCAUGUCCUUCUUCUCACCACAUGUUUAAAUUUAAAAAUGGAAUUUGCUUAUGUGCAAAUUGUGAAGUUUCACACUUUACACAUUAUUUCA